AUGAAGCCGCCAGCCCCAGCACGCCUCCAACAAGUUCAUAUCCCACUAAGUGGAGGAGGACAUGAGCCUAUAAGUUCCCUUGACUCUCAAAAUGUGGCAUACGACCUAGACCAUGAGGCGAUCCAGGAGAGCCUGUUGCGAUUCUGCUCUGAUGAAUCAUGGAACAACAGCUCAAGAUCAGCCUUUAUGCCUCGGCCUAUUCUUGUCUCCUCAGAGCACCAACGCCAAUGGAAAGAGCUUAACAAUGCUUUAGUCGCUGCUAUAACUGAUAUCGUUGAGAGAUGGUGGACGGACUCGGUGUCUAGAUUCCCUGACCGGAUGCCUCUGGAACCUGCAGAGGAGGACCUUCUUCGUUGGAUUGAUACUCAAGUUCCAAGCAAGAUACCUCCGUACCGAAAGUGCCGCGGCUCGUGGAGACCGGAUUUCCUGAUCGAAGAAGACAAUGAAGGGGCACCGGGUUCUGUAGAGAACUUUCGAAUCAGUGAAAUUAAUGCUCGAGUUUGUUUCAAUGGAUUGAUGUAUGCAGCGUCCGGACAACAGGCAUUGGAGGAGCAGGGUAUUGCUGAUGGAAGUAAUGAUUGCGUCGGUGCGACGGAGCCCGCAAAAAUGAUAGGCGGUAUUCUGAGUUUGUUCGAUCCCAACCUGCCAUUUCAUCUUCUCAAAGGUGAUAAACAUGGGAUUGACAUCCACAUGGUUGUGGAAUUGCUCAAGACACGCUUUGGGAUCAGCCCUCGCUUCGUGAUGCCAACUGAUCUCAGGAUUGUGCCAGACCAAGAAAACAAAGAUGAUUACAGACUCUGCUGCGUGGCUAGGGAAGCCGAAUCUCAGGAAACUGAGCGCUUAUCGUCACUGAUCUAUCACAACGGAGAGGCUCUAGAAGAGAUCCAUCAAGUCGGUCAUGAGCUGCACCAGCGAGAACUCCACGCUCUGAGUCCGGAAAUGCUCCGUCAAAUCAGCCUCAGAUGCUUCAAUGACAUGCGCACGAUCCUGCUGGUGCAUGACAAGCGGAUGAUGGGAAUCAUCAAGCAGGAACCCGAAUCACUGGUAGAAAGAAACGUUAUUACACCCGCACAGGCCAAGGUACUCAGCGAAGGCAUUGCUGAUACGUUAAUUCCUGGUUCGGCGGAGCUCGCUCAUUUCAUUGAGCACUGCAAGAGCAAUCCCAAGAUGAAAACCGAGUAUAUCUCGAAACCCAUCCGAGGCGGAAAAGGAGAAGGGAUUGUAUUUGGCGAAGACCUUGACACUGCGGAAUGGGUAUCAAGGUUGAAGGACUUGUGCCUCCCUAGGCUGGUUCCUGGAACGUGCAUUGUCCAGCGCAAAGUCAAUCAAGUUCGGUACGAUGUGGUAUUAGAACCGACGGAUGUGUCGAACACUCUCCGGCAAACGGGCAUCCUCAAAGUCAGCCUGAAAUCUGAGGGUGAUUCCAGCCACUAUCUUCAGCAGCUCAUGAUUGGUCUCCACAAACAACACGGCCACGGACUGCCCAUCACCCACAGUGCAUCCCGCGGCUGGUUCUGGGACAUUCGACCCAACAGCACGACAUCCCAAACCCCAUCGCAUCAGGCCCGAUCCGAGACAAUGGAGAAGUUCCCUUGGCACACUGACUGUAGCUAUGAAGAAGCCCCACCCCGGUAUUUUGCGUUGCAGGUCCUACGGGAAGACCAAUGUGGCGGUGGUACUCUCUCCGUAAUGAAUGUCGGCAGACUGAGCUCCCUGCUGUCGACGUCCACUUGCACUGCUCUGCUCCGGCCCGAGUAUCUUAUUACUGUCCCACCCGAGUUUGUGAAAUGUGAUACGAAACGCCAUGUUAUGGGCGGUUUGAUGGCCACGGAUGCUAAGGGCCUGCUUAGUAUGGUUCGUUUUCGCGAAGAUAUUGUCACCCCGUUGACUGCGGAGGCGGCGCUGGCGUUGCAGGAGUUGAAUAAUUGCUUGCUGGGACAGAAGGUACAGACAGAGACGCUGCAGCUUACGUCUGAUUGUUUGCUCAAGGGGUCUGUAAUCUUGAUGAUUAAUUAUAGGUGGCUUUAUGCUCGGAGUAAUGUCAGAGAUCCGGAGCGCCAUUUGCGGAGGGUUCGUUGGGAUGCGAGACCUUUUCCUACCUCAUUAAAUGCUAGCAGCUGAGCAGUCUUGAGUAAUUGACAAGGC